AUGGAAGCACACCGGAAAUUUUAUAAAUAUUUGGACGAAGUCAUUAAUGAUGUGGAGGUUUCGCAACAAGUUCGUAAACGCGCAAGGGAACUUUUAGAACAAAAAAAGUUUGAUAUUACGAAAACACGAAGCGCAUUAAGUGACAUAACAAAUAGUAAAUCAAUUGUAUUAUCGAGAAAAAAAAAGAAUACGCAUAGAUCUGCCGACACAUCCAAUUCUUCAAAAAAGAGGAAAAAGAUCAGUAGCAUGGCUACUAUCGCUGAUAUAGAAUUGAAAUAUGACUCCCAAGAGAAUAUCGAAAAUCAGAUACCAGAGGUUUAUCAUCAUCCAGUUAUUAGUCAGGAAAAAGCACUCUUGUUUAUUCCGCCAAUCCUUGAAUUUUCUUCGUUUGCUUCAACUUCAAAAACUACUAGUUCAGCAGUCGGUAAAGCACCGAGAAAAGUACUACUUUGGAAAGAGUUUUUUGAAAAAGUAAAUGGAUAUAAAUUUGAUGUGAUCCCAAAAUUCAAAAAACCAGAAUUUCAUUAUAGUCAUUUAUUAAACAAGGAAAGCACCGUUUUGACAGCCACAGAUGUCAAUAUUAAUAUGAUAUUAAAUGAAAUAAUGGGAAAAAAUUAUGAUUUUUCAGACCAUCUAGCCUAUAUUCCUGGCUCAGACUUUACUUGCUACUAUAUGGAAGAAACAUUAAUUUUGAUAAUGGAAGUAAAAAGAAAGCAUCUCUUUGAAGACAUGAACGGACAAACAUUUCUAGAAUUUUAUACAGUGAACAGUACAGUAAAGACAAUAAUUCGACAAAUUUAUGGUUAUAUAGUCGAUAAUAUGCUUCAAUAUAAAACUCUCUCGUUGCAAUCAACAUCACCACCCAUAUUUAAGGCCUACGCAUAUUUUGCUUUACAAGCAAAAGACCACCACUAUUCUCCUAAACCUUCUAAAUCUAAAUAG